AUGGCUUCGAGAUCGGCUCUCGCAGUUUCGACAUUCUUGUGCCUGGCGGCCUUGGCUGCACUCAGCGCACAUGCAGCUGAUCCGGAGGAGAUCAGGGACUUCGCGCCGCCUGCCGACGGCGCCCCGCCGAACGCCAGUUACUUCACCUUCCCCGGCUUGCGCAAUAUCGACGUGAAGCAAGGCCAGUUCGCCAACGUUACCAACGUCAACGUGGUCAGCUUUCCGGCGCUGUCGGGAUUGGGCGUGGCCAACGCGCUCCUCGUCUAUCCUCCGGGCAGCGUCAACGUGCCUCACACUCACCCGCGCGGCACCGAGACCUUGUUCCUGCUGGAAGGGACUCUGGAAGUGGGUCUGAUCGACACCACGCUGCCUGUACCAGUUCUCUUCACCCAGACUCUCUACAAAAAUGACAUCUUCGUCUUUCCUCGUGGCCUCGUCCACUUCCAGAUCAACAAGAGCAAGUACGUCGUCAGAGCCUACGCCUCCUUCAGCAGCACCAAUCCCGGCCUCGUGUCCCUCCCGCGCACGCUGUUCGGAGUGCAUAUCGACCCCGAGGUGCUCACCAAGUCCUUCGAGGUGUCAUCCGAUAUCAUCGCCAAACUGUCAGCCGUUCAGCCGUAA